AAAACCAAAGAGAAUUCCUUGCUUUCCCAUUUCAAAACCUAGUGAAAUACUUCUUUUUCCAUCAUGGCAUCUAGCAAGUGGUUCAUCUUGGCUUUCUUUGUUGUUUUCAACAUAUUAUCCAGCAUUAACCUCAGCUUAGCAGUUCGCAAUCUUUUACAAACCACUACACCUUCUAUACCAACAGUGCCAGUGGUGCCUACUUUGCCUAAACCAACACCAUUGCCACCUUUGCCUACACUGCCAGUGCCCACCACUCAGCCAUCACUGCCCAAUCCUGCACAGCGGCCUCCACUUCCCAACUUGCCCACCAUCCCAUCAAUCCCACAGUUUAACUUGCCUCCACUUCCAAACAUUCCCUCACUCCCAACUAUUCCAACUACAAUUCCUUCCAUCCCAUUCUUCUCACCACCACCAUCUACUACCACUACUAGCCCUUGAUCUAUGUUCAUCUCAUGAAAACCAGUAUACAGGACAGACACUUUCAAUAGCAUGGAAUAAUUGGAGGCAUUUAUUUACUGUUUAGUUUUCUAUGGAUAUGUUAUGUUGUAUGUUUAUUUGAAAUACUAUUAUUUAUUGCUGUAAAAGUUACGUGUGUGAGCAGUUCUUGUAUUGCUAGAUUUCAUUGUAUUGAAAUUACUUCUGUUUUAUAGAUAUAUUUCUAUGUAAUUUUACUGUCAUUUACUCUG